AUGAGGCUCCAGAUCUUCCUUCUCGCAGUGUCCGUCCAUGGAGUUGUGGUGUUUCUGCAUGUUCUGGGAAGCCUCAGGGACAAGAUCCCAGAAAUCGAUCAGUGCUGGGUACAGCCUCCGACCAGGUUCUGUGGCAAAAGGUGCACGAAGGUGCAGAACUGUGUGAGCCCAAACCACACGUGCUGCUGGACAUACUGUGGAAACAUCUGUUUGGACAAUGCAGAACCCUUUAAAAGCCUGAUGAAACACUAG